UCACAAGUUAGUCUACGAGGAAUGAGCUUUGAACGGUCGUGAUUCGACCACCUAAGCAAAGGUGGACUCAAUAUUAGACUAGAAGUUCUGGCCCAUUUAACUGAUUCUAGACCCCCUAACUCCCGGAGAACCUCGCCGGAGCACCCCCUAACUCCCCCACCACCACUAAAGCAUGACGUCGCCUCCCUGCUUGGAAAAGCCGUCGUUUUGUCCUUCUUCUACAGACUCAGAUUGGGGACACAAAGUCUCAGACAAGGUGCUCUCACUCUACAACUCGCUUCCUAAGAAAGGCAAGCCUCAGGGCCGCGAAGUCACCGUCUUGGCCGCCUUCCUCCUUUCCUCUCCUCUUCAAGAAUUGGAAGUUGUAGCAUUGGGAACCGGAACCAAAUGCGUCGGCCGUUCACUCCUCAGCCCCCGCGGCGAUAUCGUCAACGAUUCCCACGCCGAAGUCAUCGCUCGCCGCGCUUUAAUCAGGUUCUUCUAUGCACAGAUACAAUGUCUUUCUGAAAUCUAUAGUAGGCAAAGAGAUAACAAUGGAAGCAAACAGUUGCGAAACGAUGAUGCGAAAAAGUUUAUUUUUGAACUGGACCCAGAUGGUGAUGAUGGACAAGGAAAAUACACAAUGAGGAAGGGUUGGAAAUUGCACAUGUAUAUAUCGCAACUGCCGUGUGGGAUUGCUUCGCCGAGUUCAUUGUUGUCUCCCCUGAAAAAUAUCUCACCUAGCGGAGGGGGUUCAUUACUGGAGGAGCUUAAUGAUUCCAUAAGUAAGCCGGCCUUGUUAGAGAACAAUGGUGACGCUUCACAACUAAUUGGCACGGUUCAAAGAAAGCCUGGUCGUGGUGAUACUACAUUAUCAGUUAGCUGCUCUGACAAGAUAGCUCGUUGGAAUGUCGUUGGAGUUCAAGGUGCUUUGCUUUCCUUCUUUCUUCAACCUGUAUACCUUUCUUCCAUUACUGUUGGACAAUCCCCUAUCAACUCCGAAAAGGUUCUUGUGGUUGAUUGUCUGAAACAAGCUUUGCAUGAUCGUGUCCUACCAUUAUCAAGCGAGCUGACCAGUCCCUUUCAGGUGAACCAGCCACUACUCUGGGAAGCUCCAAUGCCACCAAAGGAAUUUCAACAUUCUGAGACCGCUUUGACCACUAUAACAUGCGGGUAUUCGAUAUGUUGGAAUAAGUCUGGUUUGCAUGAAGUCAUUCUUGGAACCAUAGGAAGAAAGCAAGGUGCUGCAAAAGGAGCACGCAGUCCGUCUACUGAAUCCCCUAUAUGCAAAAAACAGCUUUUGGAGAUUUUCUUGUCCCUAAGGAAUGAAUGCCCCACCAAAAUCCAUGUCAAUGAGAUGUCGUAUCGAGAAAUUAAGGAAAGGGCACAUGAAUACAAUGCAAUGUCAAAAGUUCUAAAAAGAAGACAUACCUUUAGUAAUUGGCUAUUGAAGCCCCCAGAUUUGGAGGCAUUCUCUGCUAUGGGAGAGUGAGCUUGCAGUUUCAGGAUACUGAUGUGGCUUAAAGGGUUUCUAGCAGCUUUGAGGAUAAGGGUAUCAUAUGAACUUAAGAGCGAAGGGUCCAAGUCACCAACUAAGAAAAUGUCAUUGCUUCACCUGUCUCUGCCUUCAAAAGCAUGUUGCUGCACAACUGUCACAUCUUUCUGGAAACAUGUUCGAUGACAGAUUCACAGUCAACACUCUCACGCUUUCUAGUGCGAAUUGGUAUAGAAUUUUCUUGCUGCCCUUCCAGUGGACACGUGGAGUUUGAUUCUCUAGCUAGCCAUCUAUUGAUUGAUUGUAAAACACUCGAAUAGCAGUUGUUAGACGAAUUGUUCGAACAGGCAAGAAAAAUUAGAAGAAUGAGACCUUAAAUCUGUAUCUUUCUCCGCCUUGAGCUCUUAACAUAUAAUUAA